CAUGCACGGCGUGGCAUGAUAGCGCGUCGACGCGCAAGGUGGUGCUGAUGUGAGGGGUUCUUCUGCCGCUAGAGCAAAUGUUUUAUUUUUUUAUGGAGAGAGCGUUCGAAGAUUUUCCGUUGUCGAAACACAAUUCUGAAUUUGUCCAUUGGUCAAAAGGGGGGAAAUAAACGACGUGCGACCAUGUGGAUAGCUGUGGUCACAUGCGGUGACAUCGAUGUAAAUUAUGCGUAAAUUGUUUUGUAGAAAGCGGCGAGUUGCUCGGUUUCCGUAGCGGUAGUGGUGACAGCUGCGGGAGCCCGUGUGUGAGGGAGAGGGAGGAGUGGUGUGUGUGUCUGCUCGGUGGCGGUGUGGAGAUGGCAGCGGGGGGUUGAGAAGGCGGUUGCCGCAGACAUGCCUAGCUGGCUAUCGCCGUCUCUCUGUGAAAGGUUAUCGGCAACUGGUGUCUGUUGAACCGAAAGAGCGCCUAAUAAACCUCGGAACCCAGAUCAGUUGAUUGGAACAUGUCAUCGACAGGGUCAGCGGCGGCAUCACAGUGUCUCUGAUCUGUCAAUCAAAUCACACGCACUGGAAAUACAUGAGUGGCGCGCGGGGUUGGGCGGAUGUGCCAGAUGAACCAUCGCCGGUAGACGUGGAAAAAAGGUCAACAAUCGCCUGAUUUCAAAUUCAUGAUUCUGGAUGAAAGUUUUUCACUAAGAUCAUUAGGAUAUCUACCCCCCAGUGCGCGCUGCACAUCCUAUGCCAUUUUCUAAUCAUCGCGAUCAUCAACGAUAAAUAUUCUAUUUACAUCAAUCAAUCAUUGUGUUUAUUAGCCAGCGGCAGCGAGUAGCCUACAGAGAGCCGAGGAUAUCGCCCAUAUCAUUACAGCGAUACACGCCUAUAGGACUGGACUGUAAGCACCAAGCAGCGAAUAUGAUGUGCGAGGUGAUGCCAACGAUCACCGAGGGGGACUCGGGGGGUCCUCCCCGGGGUGGAGGGGCUCAGAACGGCUCGGAUCCGGAAGCCAACUUCGAGCAACUGAUGGUCAACAUGCUGGACGAGAGAGACAAGCUGCUGGAGUCCCUGCGCGAGACCCAGGAGACACUCAUCCAAUCACAGACCAAGCUGCAGGGUGCGCUGCAUGAAAGGGAUGUGCUCCAGCGUCAGAUCUACGCGGCUCUACCUCAGGAGUUUGCCACUCUGACCAAGGAGCUGAACGUGUGUCGGGAACAGCUGCUGGAGAAAGAAGAGGAGAUAUCUGAACUGAAAGCUGAGAGGAACAACACCAGGCUUCUCUUGGAACACCUGGAGUGUCUGGUGUCUCGUCACGAGCGCAGUCUGAGGAUGACGGUGGUGAAGAGACAAGCUCCUCCUCCCUCUGGGGUCUCCAGCGAGGUGGAGGUCCUCAAGGCCCUCAAGUCCUUGUUCGAACACCACAAAGCCCUGGACGAGAAGGUGCGUGAGAGGCUUCGGGUGGCUCUUGAGAGAGUGACUACACUAGAGGGACAGUUAUCAGCCACAACUCAGGAGCUGAUCAUUGUGAGGCAGAGGAAGGAGGGAGAAUCUUUGGACAGGAAUGAUGCUACCAAGCCCACCUGGAAGAGGCUACCUAACGGUUCCAUAGACGCCCAUGACGAUGGCAGCAGGUCAGUGGAGCUACAGGAGCUUCUGGAUCGGACCAAUCAUGAGCUGGCUCAGAGCCGCGAGCGUUCGGGCACACUCAGUACACGCGUGGCAGAGCUGGAGGCGGAGCUAGCCAACACUCGCCGAGACCUGAGUCGCAGCGAGGAGCUGUCAGUCAAACAACAGAGGGAACAGAGAGAGGGGCUGGCGCAGAGGGAGGAUAUGGAGGAGAGGAUUACAACGUUAGAAAAACGUUACCUGGCCGCUCAGAGGGAAACCACACACAUCCACGACCUCAACGACAAACUGGAGAACGAACUGGUUACCAAGGACUCUCUGCACCGACAGAGUGAGGAGAAGGUGCGCCAGCUGCAGGAGUUGUUAGAGUUGGCAGAGCAGAGGCUGGCUCAGACCAUUAGGAAGGCUGAGACACUACCAGAGGUGGAGGCAGAGUUGGCACAGAGGGUGGCAGCCCUCACCAAGGCCGAGGAGCGACAUGGCAACGUUGAGGAGCGACUCAGACAGCUGGAGUCACAACUGGAGGAGAAGAACCAGGAACUGAGCAGGGCACGUCAGAGAGAGAAGAUGAAUGAAGAACACAACAAGCGUUUGUCUGACACAGUAGACCGUCUGCUCACUGAGUCUAACGAGAGACUGCAGCUUCACCUUAAAGAACGCAUGGCAGCACUGGAGGACAAGAACUCCCUGAUUCAGGAUCUGGAGAACUCCCAGAAACAGCUGGAGGAGUUCCACCACACCAGGGAGCGUCUGAUUGGUGAGAUUGAGAAGCUGCGGAAUGAGAUCGACCACUUGAAACGCCGGAGUGGAGUGUUUGGAGAUGGAUCACACCCACGGUCUCACAUGGGCAGUGCCAGUGACCUGCGUUUUUCAGUGGUAGAAGGGCAGGAUGGACACUACAGCUCUGCUGUCAUCAGACGGGCACAGAAGGGCCGCCUGGCAGCGCUACGCAACGAACCCAACAAGGUGUGUGCGGUGUUUGAGCAGGAAUACUCGUCUCUACGUGGCAGUGUCAGUCACCUCCUGGGCAGUGACGUGGAGGCUGAGUCAGACCUAGAUGAUGAUGUUAGCUCCGUCCUCCUGUCACCCAGCGGCCAAUCAGAUGCACAGACUCUGGCUCUGAUGUUGCAGGAGCAGCUGGAUGCCAUCAAUGAGGAGAUCAGGAUGAUCCAGGUGGAGAGGGAGUCUGCUGACCUCAGGGCAGAUGAGAUAGAGUCUCGUGUGAACAGUGGUAGCAUGGACGGACUCAACGUUACACUUCGCCCCCGAACCAUGCCCACCUCAGCCACUGCCCAGUCCCUGGCUUCCUCCUCGUCCCCUCCCACCAGCGGACGCUCUACCCCCAAACACAACACCCACAACGCCAGCCACCAGCUGGGAAUCAUGACCCUGCCUAGCGACUUAAGGAAACACCGUAGAAAAAUAGCAUCUCCAGUGGAAGCUCGUGAGGACAAGGCUACUAUCAAGUGUGAGACAUCUCCCCCCUCCUCUCCCCGCAGUCUGAGACUGGAGACCAACUUCGCCCAGCUCACUGGCAGUCUGGAGGACGGACGAGGGGGUAAAGCGAAGAAGGGCAUCAAGUCAUCUAUAGGUCGUCUGUUUGGGAAGAGCAAGGAGAAGGGCAGGAUGGAGGGAGGAGGGACACUGGGGAGGGAGGGACAGCCUCUGCCUGCCCUGAUGCCGGGAGUAGACUUUGAGAUGAGCAUCGGAGACACCAUGACUCUGGGCAAGCUGGGCACACAGGCAGAGAGAGACCGCAGGAUGAAGAAAAAACAUGAGCUGCUAGAGGAGGCCAGGAGGAGAGGACUGCCCUUCGCUCAGUGGGAUGGACCAACUGUGGUCUCCUGGCUAGAGCUGUGGGUGGGUAUGCCUGCCUGGUAUGUGGCAGCAUGUCGUGCCAACGUGAAGAGUGGUGCCAUCAUGUCGGCCCUGUCUGACACAGAGAUCCAGAGGGAGAUUGGCAUCAGUAACCCCCUGCACCGCCUCAAACUAAGGCUGGCCAUCCAGGAGAUGGUGUCCCUAACCAGCCCCUCUGCCCCGCUCACCUCUAGAACGUCCUCCGGAAAUGUGUGGUUAACCCAUGAAGAGAUGGAGAACCUGGCUUCCUCCACUAAAGCGGAGAAUGAGGAGGGCAGCUGGGCUCAGACUCUGGCAUACGGGGAUAUGAACCAUGAGUGGAUAGGUAAUGAGUGGCUGCCCAGCCUGGGUCUGCCUCAGUACCGCUCCUACUUCAUGGAGUGUCUUGUGGACGCCCGCAUGCUGGACCACCUCACCAAGAAAGACCUCCGCACACACCUCAAGAUGGUCGACAGCUUCCACAGGGCCAGUCUGCAGUAUGGGAUUAUGUGCUUGAAGAGACUCAAUUACGACAGGAAAGACCUGGAUCGUCGUAGAGAGGAGAGCAUGCACGACAUGAAAGAUGCAUUAGUGUGGACCAAUGAGCAGGUAGUGCACUGGGUCCAGAGUAUAGGUCUGAAGGACUACAAUACCAACCUGAUGGAGAGUGGAGUCCACGGGGCUCUCAUUGCUCUGGAUGAGACCUUCGACUACAGCAGCCUGGCUCUCAUACUGCAGAUCCCCAUGCAGAACACACAGGCUCGGCAGGUUCUGGAGAGAGAGUUCAACAACGUCCUGGCCCUGGGCACUGACCGCAGACUGGAGGAGAGUGGGGAUGAUAAGACGUUCCGCCGCUCUCCAUCGUGGCGUAAGCGUUUCCGAGCACGGGAGGGGGGGGGGGGGAUGGGCAUGAUGGCGGGCUCCAUGGAAACACUGCCCGCUGGGUUCCGUAUGCCCUCCAUGUCCAUGCCCCCGUCCAUGGCCCUGGUGCCCAAGAAACAGCUGCAACCAGAAGCUCCUCCCCCGGCUCCCCAGAGACUCGACCCCUCUGCUGUACGGACGUACUCAUGCUAACUCCACUCCACUUACUAACAGGAGCUAACGUUAACAGUUUAUUCCCAUGACCUGUAUGGACACAUGCUUGCGGCCUUUCGAGAGUGACAUGCCAAAUUUGGGAGAGAUCUUGACGUUAAGGGACCUGUAUCCAGCGUCACCUCUCACCUUCUCCGUGGGACACGUGCAAUACGGAGGUGACCUCUGACUUUUUGACCUUUGAACUCUGAGCGUGCUCAUUGGCCACACUCGCUGCUGUAAAGGAGACUCGGCCAGUCUCUAUUCCCAGUAAACCCAGUACCCCCAGUAGCCUUGUUGUUGUGGUGUCGUGCUCCUGCAUAGUCCUAAUUCCUAAUCUGUCGGUUCUAGUCCUAAUUCUUUAUCUGUGGGUUCUAGUCCUAAUUCCGAAUCUGUGGGUUCUAGUCCUAAUUCCUACUCUGUGGGUUCUAGUCCUAAUUCCGAAUCUGUCGGUUCUAGUCCUAAUUCUUUAUCUGUGGGUUCUAGUCCUAAUUCCGAAUCUGUGGGUUCUAGUCCUAAUUCCUACUCUGUGGGUUCUAGUCCUAAUUCCUACUCUGUGGGUUCUAGUCCUAAUUCCGAAUCUGUGAGUUCUAGUCCUAAUUCCUACUCUGUGGGUUCUACUCCUAAUUCCGAAUCUGUGGGUUCUAGACCUAAUUGCUAAUUUGUGGGUUCUAGUCUAACUCUACUCUAGCUCCUGGGUGUUUUCCACCUACACAUCGUCCCCUCGGUUAUGCAAGGUAUUAAUCAUUUAUUGUCUCUCUCUGUAAAUAAAAUGGAUGACAUAUGUUUUUUUAUAUAAAUAUAUAUAAAUAUAUAUAUUGGAAUUAUAUAUGGAGAAUAUUAUAAUAUCAUUGCUGUAUGAAACCCAAUGCCCUGUAUUCGGUGGUGACUGUUCUAUUUGUGUGUUGGACCUCUGUGUGUCUUAUAUGCUGUCAGUGUCUGGAGUUAUAUGAAGGACUCACUAAGCAGGGGUCUGUUACUCUAUGUGAUACUACUACUAUGAUUCUCAGCCACAGGUUCUUGGGUCCAGACCUAAACGGUUCAGUUACCUUUCCUGCCUUUUAUCCCCUACUUUCCUUCUCUCUUUUCAUAUCUCCUUUCCUCCUUCCCCAUCUCCUUUCCUCCUGACCUUUCCUAUCUCCACUUGUUUCCUUCCUCUAUUUGACACUGAUGUAGCUACCAUGAGUAGAGUAGGUGAUCCUGUAGAUAUGAGAGGAUACAGGAUGAGCGUGUGUGUAAAUGAAAGCAAUAGGCUCCAAUAUUUGAGACUUAAGGGAAACAGCAUGUUAUGAAAGCCAAACCCUAGACUAACCUCCAUGGAUGGAUUGUGUUGUUUUUCUCUACUUCGUUUCAAAUCAAACAGUAAAUUGCUGCUAGGCAUCAGCCAAACGAAAUCCUCACAAACAGGACACCUGACAGAGACAGUGAUGAUGCCAUAUAUGGACUUUUCCCCUGCCGCCCCCUUCCUGUCCAGUUGCCAUGGGGAUGUGAAAGUGGCCAAUGAUGCUGCCUGAGCACUAGCAAGUGUUGUGUGUAUGACCUCCUCUCCUCCAAUGAGAGAGCUCUAUCAGUGAACUAGUGAAGUGUUGGAUGGGUGUAUUUCUUUUUUAUUUUACAGCCAAUGUUUUAAAGGUGUCUAAAAGGUGUAAUGUGUUACUGUGGCAGCUAUGAGUACUGUGUGUGUAUUUAUUCCAGGUGUGAAAUGAUGCUGACAAAUCAAGAUGUUAUUAUUUGGCUAUUUAAAAAGUGUAUUGUAAUUAUGACACUAUAGACAUAAGUAAAGCUGUUUUUUUUUCAAGAUAA